AGUCAAAAAAGUGACAGAAAAAUAGCUUUUCAAAUAUGUCAGAUACAGAAGCUGAAGCUGAAAAUCUUCCUGAUGACGAAGCCGGCACUGGUGAAGAUGAAAGUGAAUGGACUGAAGAAGCAGCUGAUACCCGAAGUGUAUACGAUCCUGAUCAAUUUCUCUCUGGUCCUACUAUCAGCGAAGAUGGAACGCUAAACUUGGAUAUUUUAGAAUUUGACUUUUCCUUUGGCUACGACUGUCAAAAAUAUUUUAAUUUGACAGUUUUAGAUGAAAAUACCAUCAUAUUUUCGUCAGGAAAUUUUAUUAAUUUUUUCGAUGUAACAACUAGAGUCAUUACCUUUAGAAGAAGUGCUUUGGGAGGUGGAAUAGGACAUAUAAGGAAAAAUCCAAAUCCAGAAUUUUCUCAUUUUGCUGUAGCUGAGUGUGGACAGGUACCUAUAAUAAUAAUUUACAACUGGCCCACAUUGGAAAUUAUAUGUGUAUUGAAAGGUGGAGCUGAAAGAACUUAUACCAACGUCGAUUUCAAUCCUGAUGGAGAUUUAAUGGUUUCACAAAGCGGUGAUCCUGACUAUCUGAUCACCGUUUGGGAUUGGCAAAAUCAUACUAUUUUACUCAGAACUAAGUCUUAUGGUAAUGAUGUAUAUAGAGUAAAAUUUUCACCAUAUAUACCAGGACAAAUAACCACAUGCGGAGUGGCGCAUAUCAAGUUUUGGAAAAUGGCAUCGACAUUUACAGGUUUAAAACUUAAAGGAGAAAUUGGACGCUUUGGAAAAACAGAAUAUUCCGAUAUUCUAGGUGUCUUACCUAUGCCGGAUUCAAAAGUAGUGUCAGGAUGUGAUUGGGGGAAUAUUUUGCUAUGGGACGAUGGCCUCAUAACAUUUGAGGUCUUUAGAUCAUUACGCAGAAAAUGUCACGAGCAACCCAUUGUUCAAUUUCACUACUUUGAUAGAGAAUUAUGGAGCGUAUCAAUGGACGGACAUGUAAAAGUUUGGUGGUUUGAACAGAUCGAUCAAGCUGAUCCACCAGAUGAUGACAGAGUUAUUCUUGUUGACCCUACUUAUGACUUUUAUACUCCCGGUGUAAAACUAAUGGCCAUUGAAAAAAGGCGGCCUACUGAUCAAAUGGAUACCUUUUGGUAUGCUCAGGAUGGCAACGGCGGACUAUGGUUAAUAGACCUUAAUACAGAGAAAGAGCCCCAACCCGCUGAGCAGCUGUACUCCUGUCACGGAGGUAAAGUGGUCAGUAUAGCUGCCUGUCCUUUCGGUCCAUAUCUUGCCAGUUUGGGAGAAGCUGGACAAUUAUUUCUGUUUGACUAUUUAAAUAAGACCAGGAUAUAUCGUUACAAAUUCCCUUCCUAUGCGGUUUGCAUGCUAUGGAUACCUCUAGAUAUAGAUCCAACUGGCGAAAUUAUUCUGACAGGUUUCGAGGAUGGCCAAAUAAGAGUAUGCUGUUUAAAAAUUCCAAAAGAAUCGGAAAAUUUGAAAAAGAACAUAUCGCUGACGAUUUCGCAGAUAAUAAAACCUCAUAAUAGAAAACUUACUGCAAUGUCUAUAAAUAAGCAAGGUUCAUUGUUAGUAACAACUGGAGAAGAUAGUACCAUUUUCGUUUUUAAAGUUAAUACGGAGAUUCAUAGUAAAUAUUUAACACCAAUCGGAUUCAUUCCAACGACAGACAUUGUUUCUUGUAUAACCUGGCAUUACGAAUAUGAAAAUAUAGUAUUGGUAGGCUGUAUUCACGGCCAAAUGAUGGAAAUUCAAUUACCAGAAGAAGAACAACCGUAUACUGAUAUUUCGUUUAGACUAUUUCUUGAUGUACAACUCAAUUGUUUUAAAACCUACAAAUCGCAGAUAAAGAGAGACAUUAAGAUUAAAGAAAUCGAAGAAAGGAAAGCGAAAAAAGUAGCCAAAAAACGUGAACAUAUGGAACAAGUUAAGAAAGAUAAUCCGGGAUUGGAGAUUGACGAAGAGGCAUUUCUAGCCGAUUCUGAAAGUGAAGAAGAGUUGGAACCGCUUUUUAUUCCAGAAGUGCCAAACAGAAUAAUUUGGUUAAAAUACACAGAUAAAAAAAACAUAUGGCUUUCUAUGGGAGGUUACGAUGCCGGAUAUAUUUAUGAAUAUCGCAUUAACCAGAAAGAAUUAGUGCCUCUUAGAUUUCGUCUUAUUGAUGGCGCUGAAGAGAUGGAAAUAAGUACAUAUCUUUAUACACAUCAAAAAGACUACCUUAUAUUUGCAAUGCAGGAUGGAUCAAUCAGAAUUAACAAAACAUCCACUGAAGACUACACGGAUCUAUCUGAUUAUUUCAAAUUAUCAAUGCAUGAUAAUCAAAACGGCUUCAUACCGAAAUUAUGUUUCAGCUACGAUGAAAAAUACCUUUUUAGUUGUGGCUAUGAUGGAAACCUAUUUUCUUAUAAAUUUCAGCCAAAAGAUUACACGUACCCUUCUCAGCGACACAGAAGAUACAGGGCAGAACAUACAUGUGCUAAAGUCGAUGAUACUAAAUCGGAUCAAAAAUUAAGUUUGGAGGAAACGAAAAUAAAAGCUGAGAACGACAAAAUCCAAAAAUUGGCCAAUGAACAUAAACAAAGCAUUAGAGAAAUAUUAAAAACGUUAAAAGAGAGAUACAAGAAGUUAUUACAACGAAACGCCCAUCUCUUACCUAGUCAGAUUAUUCCCCAUGCUGAUUUGGAACCUGACGAAAGAGUUGCUGAAUACGUAGAUCAAUCUUUCAUUGAUAAAAUUGAUAUCGUAAAUAGAAAGUUGGCAUACGAUGUUGAAAAGUCUAAAAUUCAAGUCACGAAACUACGAAAUUACUUCACAGAUCCAUGUGACAGACACACUAACUUAGUUCAAGGAAUAAAUAAACCUGGUUGUGCUAUAAUGACAGUAAGGCAACGAAAAAUGCCUCCUAUAUUCUAUGCAAUGUAUGACGUAAUAGAACAGAAGAAGAUAGAAGAUGAAGGCAAAGGACGGCCUCCUGAACGUAUUCAAACAGUUCAAAAAUCUACAACUCGGAUAGUAGAAAAAACAGAAUCGCCACUGGAAUUUUUCUUGUUAAGUCUAUCCCCGUCGAUAAUACAGCACAAACUUGGACCCAAACUAAAAAGAGUUCUUGACAAGUACCGAAAAAGAAGAAAUAAAUGGCAGGAGCGCACGACGGAGUGGGAACAUUUUAUGGCCAAAAAACCAAUACCUGGGAAAAAUCAUCCAGACGAUGAGAAAUUUCUGGCCGAAGCAAAAAUAUCUUUUGGUGACUAUAAAUUGAAAGAAAGCCCAGACUACAAAGUGAACGAUGAAGAUCGGGAAACAACAGUCAAACAUUACAGGAAGCUAUUGGACACAAGAGGCAAGCAAUAUAAUUUAAGACAUAACUUCAUCGAAGAGGUAUUUAAAAUACGAGACUAUAAAUAUGAACUAAUUGAAAAGCUUAAAGAAGAACAGAAAGAAUUAUUCCUUAUAAAUGAAGAAUUACCUAAAGAGUUAUGGAAAGUAGAUCCCCCGAUUCCAAAAUAUGAUCCGAAUGAGUUCCCCGAAGAGAAACUAAUACCAAAAAUAGUUUUACCGGUGUCUGAGAUGGAAACAGAAGAUUCCGAUAUAGUUAAGGAAGUGUUUGUUGAGUGUCCAACCGGAGAUGAAUUAGAAAAACAAACAUUGCAACGCAAAGGUGAUAUUAAAUACGAAAAUGGAGUAUUUUCCAGCAAUAUUCCAUGUGAAGAAGUUUUUAAAUGUAUGGACUUAACUUUUAAUGAAUUGGCUAAUAUUCCUGAAGACGUAGAAACUCCAUUUGAAUCUUACUCAAAAGUUCAGCGAUUAAAUAGACAGUUGUUUAAUCAGACACUUAAAGUACUCCAGAUGGAAGAGAUGAUAAAUGAUUUUAACAACUGGAUAUAUAUGGCACGGAAGGAACGGUUACCCAUUCUCAUUGGUGGCAAUUUCAUAGAUAUCUACAUGGUUUGUGUGAAUGAGGAGCUCCAAAUUUUGAAAAAUUCUGAAGCAGAAGAAUUUAAGCUUUUAGAGAUCGUUAAUAACAAAUUGAGUGAAUUGCAUGACAUGGAGGACAUUUUGGAUACUAUGAAAGCAAAGAAAGAGGGCUGUGAAAAAAAAAUUGAAAAUUUAAAAUCUGACGAAUUAAAAAUACACGAAAGGUUUAAAAUGGCCGCUGAAAAUAACAAAUUCUUCGAUUUUUUGAAAAAGGUAUUCAGAAAGAAAUAUCGACCUCCCAAGAUGAAAACAGAUGAUGAACAAACUUCAUCCUCAUCAUCUUCAAGUUCUGAGGAAUCUGAUUAUGAAGAAGACGAAGGUAGCAUCGAUUCACGCGACUUUGGCUUUAUGAAGCAAGAUAUUAACGUAUGUCCUAAGGGAUGUGAACCAGCUCUAUUUAAUUUAACAGUAGAACUAAGGACCACAAGACAUGAAAUUGAACAAACCGAAAGAGAAGAAGUUACAUUAAUGGAAAUAACCAAAAAGAAUAUUGAUAUACAGAAUAAAAAAAUGGCAAAAGUACGUGUGGAGUACCAAGAAUGUGUAAACACAUUGGAGGAAUUUCGAAGAGAAAAACAAAAGAAACUGAAUAAUGUAAGAUGUACAGUUGUUCUGCAUAUUGACCAAAUUUAUGGCUUUAAUCCCGAAUCGAGUGACAUAUCUGACUUUUUGGUAUUUCCCAAAUCAAAACUUACAAGUUUAUAUAACAGAGUUGGAUUAUUACAGUCGGAAGCUUUAGAUGAACAAAGUAAACAUGACACAUAUUUAACACAUUUAAUGCGUCUACAUAAGGACUUAAUAUACAUGAAACGAAAAGUGAGCCAUUUGAAGAUGGAAAUAGUUAGUCUUUUGAAGGAAAAGUUUGGAAAAGUUGUGGACAUAAAUGAACUUGAAAGAGCAAUAUUGCAACGAUCAUUUCAAAAAAAUUACGUCAACGAGUUAGAGGAAGUUUUAUUGAAGAAAAUGGUUUACGAUUUAAGAAUUAAAAUGACUGACGUCAAAGGGUUAUACAUAGAUGAACUCGAGCAUUGGCAGAGAAAAAUUGUACAGUGCCAAAUAGACCUGGCCAAGGAGUUGAAAGAAAAUACUAAGCGUUUGGAGCUAUUAACAGUAAUGAAUAAAGAGAAAAAAGAACUGGCAAAAUUUGUUGAUUCUCAGCAAAGGAAAAAAGAAAAACUUCAAUAUAUUGAAACUAUACAUAAAGAUUUUAUGAAGGAUAUGAAAAAACUAGAAGAGAUUGCAGCAGAUCAGCAACGAACAUUACAAGAUCUUAGAGAAGAAAUAAAAUUAUUGAAAACCAAAGGAAUGGCACAGGAGGUGUUAAAACGUAAAGAAACAAUAAAAGAACGAGAAAGGACGACUGGUAAACCAGUUUCAAAAACCGAAGAGGAAGAAAUAAAACAAUGGAUUCAGUAUGAUGAGUAUGUCAGUGAACAAGAGACAGAGGACGAGGAAGACAAAGAACAAAUUAAAAAACGUAUAAGUAUACCGGGCUAUUAUUCGACGCAAGCCGAAGAUAUUAUUACUGAGUUGGUAGAAAACCUAAUGCAGGAUGUUGGAGACAGUCUAAAGCAGAGAAGUACCCAUAUAAUGGUUCAGAAUAUUUUAACUGGAAUGAUGAAGUGCAUUAGUAUUCAAGACAUUAUUGGACAAAUACUCGAUAAUAUUCCUAUUGAGCUAGAUGAAAAACAACGCCAAAGUGUUGGCGAUAGUGCAGAAAAGCUAUUUAUUUUGCAAGAGCCAGUGACCAGCGAAGAGCGUAUAAUGAAUUGUGUAAAAGAAAUUCUUGAUGAAACAAUAAGCGAAGUCCUAUGUCAUGAUCCACAUUAUUUAAUACCUACCAUAAUAGAGAGACUAUUAGACGCACUCCCAAUAGAAAUAAUUUCUAGCGAAAAAAUAAUGGCUGAAAUAGUUUUGCAAAUCAAGGAAUCUAUACAAGAUAUACCAUUAGAUAAACAAGAAUUUAGUAAAUCACUGGAUAGAUUACCAAGCGCUGAGAAAAAUGAAAUUUUAGAUGUUGUUAAUUUCAUCAUAGAACAAGUUUAUGGUACUGGAAUAGAUUACUUAUACGUUAUACCUAAAAAAUAGACUGUUUUUUUAAUAAUAUACAUUAAUAAAGAAUUAAGUAUAUAACCAGAGCAGAGAGAAUAUAUUACUCUUCACAGACGACAUUCAAGAAAUGACAGGAGAAUUAAUAUACAGCGUUCAGGUAUUGAAGACGACAAUCAGUUUGGGCGUGACGUAACAACCUAGAGUUGUUUGUUCUUGUUCCAUUAUAUUAAAAUUAUAUUCCUUUAUUUUAGAACGCUGA